AUGGCUACCGGGCUCUCAGAGAAGCUGAAGCCUGCUGCCCGAGUUGCCGGGCAGAGGCAAGAUGUAUGGUCCAUCGUGAACGAGGCCGCAGCAGCUUCGCCAAAGCAGCCCAUUGUGAACAUGGGCCAGGGUUUCUUUGGGUACAACCCGCCGCCCUUCAUCAUCAACGCGGCCAAGGAGGCGCUGGACCGCGUCGAGUGCAACCAAUACAGCCCCACCAAGGGCCGGCCGCGGCUCAAGAAGGCCAUUGCCGACGCCUACACGCCGCACUGGGGCCGGCCGCUGAACCCCGAGACCGAGGUUACCAUCACCACGGGCGCCAACGAGGGCAUGCUGAGCGCCUUCAUGGCCUUUAUCGAGCCCGGCGACGAAGUCAUCAUCUUUGAGCCCUUCUUUGACCAGUACAUUAGCAACAUUGAGAUGCCCGGCGGCAAGAUUGUCUACGUGCCCAUGCACCCGCCCAAGGAUGGUGCCACCAAGACCUCAUCUGCCGCCAACUGGACCAUAGAUUUUGAUGAAUUGGAGAGGGCUAUUACGCCCAAGACCAAGAUGAUCGUCAUCAACACUCCCCACAACCCCGUCGGAAAGGUCUACUCAAGAGAGGAGCUGCAAAAGAUUGGAGACCUGUGCGUCAAGAACGAGAUCAUUAUCCUCUCGGACGAGGUCUACGAUCGCCUGUACUACGUGCCAUUUACCCGCAUCGCCACGCUCUCGCCUGAGAUUGAGCGUCUGACCAUCACCGUUGGCUCCGCCGGCAAGAACUUUUACGCCACGGGCUGGCGGGUAGGCUGGCUCAUGGGCCCUGAGCACCUCAUCAAGCAUGUCUCGGCGGCCCACACGCGAAUUUGCUAUUCAUCCGUCUCUCCUCUUCAAGAGGCUUGCGCAGUCGGUUUUGAAAAGGCCGAGGCCGAGGGCUUCUGGGAGGAGACGGUUCGGGACAUGAAGGCCAAGAUGGCUCGGUUCAACGAGGUGUUUGACGAGCUAGGCCUUCCGUACUCGGAGCCCGAGGGUGGCUACUUUGUCAUGGUGAACAUGGCCAAGGUCAAGCUGCCUCAGGAUUAUCCUUUCCCACCACACGUCGCCAGCCGGCCGCGUGACUUUAAGCUCGCUUGGUUCCUCAUCCAGGAGGUUGGAGUCGCCGCCAUCCCACCCACCGAGUUCUACACGGAACCCAACACUUGGAUCGCCGAGGACUACAUGCGUUUUGCCGUCUGCAAGGAAGAUGAGGUCCUGGAGACGGCCAAGGAGCGACUCCGAGGAUUGAAGCAGUACAUAGAAGGAUAA